UUUUACUACAGCACUCGUCGCGGCUGUAAUCUAGUUAAACGGAUGUUAGAGAACUCGACUUCGAGUUUACCCGAAAACUCCAUUCAACAGCGGAGGCACGCAGAGGAGGAUGGUGGUAAGCCUGUCUCUGAUGGACACCAAGACGAAGACGUUGACCGGAAUGUCACCGGUGGCCGGUGGCCUCCAGAAGAGACUAAAGCUUUGCUCCAGAUAAGGUCUGACAUGGACGCUGAUUUCAGGGAUACCUUACCCAAAGUUCAUCUUUGGCAACAAGUUUCCAGGAGAUUACGGGGGCUAGGAUAUAAUAGGAGUGCUAAGAAGUGCCAGGAGAAGUUUGAAAACGUGUACAAGUACUACAGAAGGACCAAGGAAGGUCGUUAUGGCCGACCCAACGGCAAGACUUACCGAUUCUUUGAGCUUUUAGAGCCUCUUAUGAACUCUCCUUACCCUGAAAAGGAUGAAGAACAAGCGAGAAAUACAGCAACAACCACAACCCCAAUGGAUUUGUCCGAUGUUAUUCAUGGUGCUAUUCAACAUCCUUACCCCGAAAAGAAUGAAGAACAGGCGGAAAACAUAGCCACAACUACAACCCCAAUGGAUUUGUCCAAUGUUAUUCAAGAUUCAUUCCCAUUUUCCAUUCGGUUCUCUAGUGCCCCCUCUAGUUCAACUACUCCCUCUUCGAGCGAAGAAUCAGAGGAAGACAUUCGAAAGAAGAAAAGGAAACUGACGAAGUGUUUUGAGGGGUUGAUGAACAAAGUACUAGAGAGGCAAGUGGAGCUACAGAAGAACUUUAUGGAGGUUUUAGUCAAAUGCGAACAAGAGAGAAUGGCAAGAGAGGAAGCAUGGAAGAUGCAGGAAUUAGCUAGGAUUAAGAGGGAACGAGAGCUUUUAGCUCAGGAAAGAUCAAUUGCUGCGGCAAAAGAUGCAGCAGUGCUUGCCCUUCUGAGUAAGUUCACAGGACAAACGGGGACCAUAGAAUUACCUGAGAAUCUACUUCCUAACGAUUUAGAUAAGGACGAGCAAGAAAAUGAUAAUGCAGGCAGUAGUGUUCUUGAAAAGCAAGAAUGUAGAAAUGGUGGGAAUUUCACACUGACGAGUCCAUCUUCCUCUAGAUGGCCCAAAGAUGAAGUGGAAGCUUUCAUUAGAUUGAGGACAAACUUGGAUGUGGAGAAUGAAGGAAAUGGGCUUAAAGGGUCUAAUCCUAUAUGGGAGGAGAUAUCUUGUGCAAUGAAGAAACUUGGGUACGAUCGGAGUGCCAGGAGAUGCAAGGAGAAAUGGGAGAAUAUGAACAAAUACUUCAAGAGGAUGAAGAAGAAAAACCAGAAAAAGCCUCAGAGUUCUAAAACAUGUCCUUAUUUUCAUCAGUUGGAUGCUCUGUAUAAUAGUGAAAGGCCUAAUGAGAAGUUGGAGGAUUCAGCCAGUUCUCAUAAGGAUCAACUGAAGCCUGAGAAGCCACUAAUGCAUCUUAUGGAGGGUCAGUCCCAGUCAUCAUCAGAGGAUGCUGACAGCGAUGGAGGAUCAGAAUAAUGAAAUGGUGAUACCCAAUAAUCAUGAAGUGGCCAUCAUGGGUUGAAGAGCAAGAAGAGACCCUAUUUUUGUGAACUUGUUCUAAAUCUGAUUCCACCCAUCUCAUGGCAGUGUUUUUGUUUGGUACGUCAAUGAAUAUCUUCAUCAGAUUUUAUUCGCUAUGCGCUCUCUGCUCUCAGCUCAUCAUUUCAUCAUCAAACCCGCCCCAAAAAAAAAGUACUACUGCUUCAAAAUUUUAGUGAAGAAUUAAUCAUAGUUUAGAUUUUUAUUUAACAAAAAAUUGUAAGUAGAAGGAGUGUUUAUCUAUAGCUUAAGUUAUUUAAAUUUUGGAGCACGCGUGCCGAUCUAGAAAGAGUUGUGUGGGGGUGAAAUAAAGUCACAGGGUGUGUUGAUUAAUGUAGUACUAUUUAAAUCCUUGAAUAUUGCAACCCCAUGAUAUGUGUGUUGAUGGGAACAGGUUAAAGGUGGUGGUUGUAAUAUUGAAGUGUCAAUUUGAUGAUUUGAAACUUGGAAGGUGCACUCACAUUAUUUUAUUUAUUGGCAUCUGGAACUUCAUCAAUUUAAGCCAGAUGAAUUCAUGUGCGAAUCUUCUGUUAUUAUUAAAUUUGUGGAAUCUCUGAGAUGGGCCACCCACCGUCGUUGAUCGUUGCGCCAAUUAGUCGGAUGCUUAAAAGUUAAAAUCAUGGCAGCAGAUGAAGGCGCGAUAAGCUUCAUUCUCUUUGUCCAAAAUUGGAUCAAAAGGGUUAAACUUUUUAUACUCUUUCUUUUCUUUUCAAGAGAUUGGAGAUUUUCGGUGUCCUCUUUGUUUAUACACCUAAAAGUCUAUUUUCCAUAUUGUUUGUGCAUGUAACAAUGUAAUUGUAAGCCGUCUUGUUUAUUAA